AUGGGUCUAGGUUUUGGAACUCCACCUUCUGCUGCUGCCGCUGCUGCUUCUUCUUCUGCUGUUUUGGCAUCAUCGUCUUCUACGAGAGCAGCUCCGAAAGGUAAACUUUCUUCUUUGUUCAGAUACGCACACGAACCCACUACUUCAAAUACUGACUCUUCACAAAAAGAGCCAUGCCCACAUAAAUCCAUUUCGAGCCCCAAAAUUGUACAAAGGAAUCCAUUUUUCGAUGCUCAUGUCCAAAUCCCAGUUGAAAAACUCUUGAAAACCAACUCUAAGUCCAGCAACAUCACUCUUAAUGAAGUGUUGCACCUUUUCGAUCACAUGCUUCGGUUGCAACCAGCUCCACCGACUCCAUCGUUCAAUCAUUUGCUUGGUGCAGUUGCUAGGAAUAAGCAUUAUUCUAUUGUGAUUUCACUUUUCAAAAGAAUGCAGUCAUCUGGGCUGCCUUCUAAUUUUUUUACUCUGAACAUUUUGCUUAAUUGCUUUUGUAAUGUAAAUCGGGUUUGCGACGGUUUUGUUGUUAUGGGUAUUCUGAGGAGGGGUUAUUGUCCCCAUACUGUGACUUAUACAUCUUUGAUUAAGGGAUUGUGUAAAGAGGGUAGGAUUGGUGAGGCAGUCGCGUUAUUUCAAAAAAUGGUCAAGUUGGGUUGUGGGCCUAGUGUGAUUACUUGUGCUUUGAUUAAUGGGUUGUGUCGAACAGGCAAUACAAGUGUUGCACUUGGGUUACAUGAAGAAAUGGUCAGAGGUCAAUUUGGUGCUGAGUGUAAGCCUAAUGUGGUUUCCUAUGGUAUGAUUAUUGAUGGGCUUUGUAAGGAUGGGACAGUAGACAAGGCAAAAGAACUUUACUGGGAAAUGAAGGGAAAGAGAAUUUUUCCGGAUGUGUUUGUUUAUAACUCUCUAAUACAUGGUUUAUGUUGCGAGGGUAAGUGGGAAGAGGCUAAAAGUUUGUUUAACGACAUGGUGGAUCAAAGCAUCCAACCUAAUGUUGUGACGUUUAAUAUGUUGAUUGAUGCGCUUUGCAAUGCAGGGAAGAUGAAAGAAGCAAAUGGGUUGUUUGAAUUGAUGAUUCAAAGAGGGGAGGAUCCUGACAUAGUUACUUACAACACAUUGAUGGAUGGGUUCUGCAUGGUGGGUAGGCUUGGUGAUGCAAGGAAGCUAUUUGAUUCAAUGGCUAGAAAAGGACAUAAACCUAAUGUUGUAAGCUACAAUGUACUGAUCAAUGGAUAUUGCAAGAAUUGGAAGAUGGAGGCAGCUGUGAAUUGCUAUAGGGAAAUGAUUCACAACUUGGUGCCAACUCUUGUUACAUAUUCUAUCAUGAUUCAUGGGUUCUGUAGGGUAAAGGAUUUGGAAAAGGCACAUGAUUUAUUUUUAGAAAUGGAAGAAGGUUGUGCUCCAAAUGUAGUCGUAUAUAAUGCACUUAUGCGCGGUUUCUGCGAGAAUAAUGAGUUGCAAAAGGUGCUUGAACUUCUUCACAAAAUGGUGGAGAGAGAAUUGUCACCCGAUGACUCCACAGUCUCCAUAGUACUAGACUUACUUUCUAAGGAUGAAAAGUAUCGUGAAUGUUUGGAUCUGCUACCAACAUUUCCUACCCAAGAGCCUGGAGGUUGUAAUGAUGGAUUUUCACUAUGAUUUUUACUUACCAAUUCUAUCUUCAAGGUACCUUGGGGGGACAACUCUUACACUAACCAAAAGUUACAAAAUGUGAAGGCUUGUCACUGCACUGUCCAAAAUCCUAAUUCUGACUCUUCUGAAGUAAAGGGGCUUUAAGGGUUUGGUCUAGUGAAGUUGCAUUUGGUAAUUGAUUGGGAUGUUUGUAGGACCACCGAAAUAAGAAGCUUGCCUUAAAAAUGAUUGUAUUGAGCAGGUUGUUUGGGCUGGUGAAUUUAGUAUCUUCAUGCACUUCUGGUUGUAAAUUGCAGCUGACAGAUCCACCUCUAAACAUCUCGCUUCACAAAAUUCAUUUUAGCAUUACUCUUGGUUGAUUGAUGGAUCGACAGGGUCUGUAGUGACACCGCCAACCAUUGGAUCUCUUGUAGCUUUAUGACCCAGGGUAUAUCUAAGGUGUGAAUUCUCUGAUAAU